CACAUUUCAUACUCUACUGAGAUAUCUACAUCCUGAAAGGUAACAGGUCUCAUCACUGGAAAGACUCAGAAUUUUGAAAUUUAAUUUUUUGACAGGUACCAUUCAAAAUGAUGUGCAUGAAGACCUUCAUUUUGCCAGUACUUUUUAUUGCAUUCGGACGUGGAUUUUCUAACCCUGGUUCUAACUCUAAACUCCCCACUGGCAAUGUAAAAAGCUGCAAAGAAAUACAAGAGCUCUACAAAGAUUCACAAGAUGGCAUCUACACCCUUGUCUCAAAAUAUGGGACUGAGUACCAGACCUACUGUGAUAUGACUAGCAAUGGAGGAGGGUGGACAUUAGUAGCAAGUAUCCAUGAGAACAACAUGUAUGGAAAGUGCACCUAUGGUGACCGCUGGUCAAGCACACAAGGCAGCAAUCCUAAUCGACCAGAAGGAGAUGGAAACUGGGGAAAUUAUAAUACUUUUGGAACUGCAGAAGCGGCAACUAGUGAUGACUACAAGAAUCCUGGGUACUAUAGUGUGAAUGCUGAAAACAUUGCUGUCUGGCACGUUCCUAAUACAACACCACUGGCACAAUGGAGUUCCAGCGCAAUCCUGAGAUAUCACACAGAUAAUAACUUCCUAUCUACUUUAGGAGGAAACCUAUAUCAUCUCUUUAAUAAGUAUCCUGUAAAAUACAAUGGAGGAAGCUGCCUAACUGAUAAUGGACCUGCUUUUCCAAUUAUUUAUGACACUGGAAAUGCUGCAACAACUGCUAACUUUUACUCUCCAAAUGGACGAAAAUAUGAGUUUGAGGCAGGGUAUGUCCAGUUUAGAGUAUUCAACAAUGAAAGAGCAGCAAUGGCCAUGUGUUCAGGAGUGAAAGUCAUCGGCUGUAACACAGAGCAUCAUUGUAUUGGAGGAGGUGGUCACUUCCCUGAAGAUGCUCCCAAAGAGUGUGGAGACUUUGCAAGUUUUGACUAUGAUGGAUAUGGAACUGAAUACGGUUCGAGCUGUUCCAAGGCCAUAACUGAGUCAUCGGUGCUUAUCUUCUACAAAUAGAAAUGUCAGUGUAUUGAACUCAACUAUCUGCUCUAGUAUUAUUUUUUAGUCUUCAUUUUUAUGUUAUGAUUUAGCGGAGGAAGUUUUUAUGUGCAUUUGUGAGUUAUUCUUCUGUAGUUUUUUGUUGGUUUAUUUUGCACACACACACACACACACACACAUAUAUAUAUAUAUAUAUAUAUAUAUAUAUAUAUAUAUAU